GACGUCUUAUAUAUUAUGACUUGACUUGGCCAUUUGAUGAACAUGAUACCUUGAUACCCCUUCACAAUGCCGAUUACGGCCCUCCCCCAGAACAUCGUCCGGGCAAUCGGCUCAACGUCCGUAAUCACAGACCCAUGCUCCAUCGUCAAGGAAUUGUUGGACAAUGCCCUUGACGCAUCUGCUACCUCUGUGUUUAUAGAGAUAUCCCAAAACACGUUGGAUGUCAUCCAGGUGAAAGACAAUGGCCACGGUAUCCCGUCUGAAGAUCAUGCGGUCGUCUGCAGACGCACCUUCACUAGCAAGAUUCAGACGGUCGAGGAUCUCAGGAAAAUUGGAGGGAGCUCGUUGGGAUUUAGGGGAGAGGCUUUGGCUAGUGUGGCGGAGAUGUCUGGGGGUGUUGCUGUUACUACUAGGGUAGCGGCGGAAGUGGUUGGUUCAGCUAUCAAGUAUGGGAGGAAUGGGGAGUUGGUUAGCUCUCAGCGUGCAUCUCAUCCGGUUGGAACCACUGUCAGGAUUACGGACUUUCUUAAGCAUAUCCCUGUGCGGAAACAGACGGCGUUGAAGAGUGCGGGCAAAACGCUUUCGAAAAUCAAGAUACUCUUGCAGACAUACGCUGUAUGCCAACCAACAAAGAGACUAUCUUUGAAAGUCAUCAAGGCGAAGAAUGAGAGCAACAAUUGGAUGUAUUCCGGGAGCCAAAGCGCAAGUCUCAGCGACGCAGCGUUGAAGAUUGUCGGCACGGAUGUCGUCUCGAAUUGUACGAUCAAGGAAUGGCCGUUUGAAGAUGACGGCGCAGAUUACAAGGUAGUGGCUCUUCUUGCAAAGAACGAUGCAGAUUUUACCAAGGUCAAUAACGCAGGCCAGUAUUUUGGCGUCGACGGCAGACCCCUAGCAAUCGGAAGGGGAAUUACGCGCGAUAUCACAAAACUAUAUAGGAACUAUCUCCGUUCAGUCAGCUCGGGUGGCGAGGAGUCAGCAUCAAUAAAUGACCCGUUUCUCUGCUUGCAGAUUCAGUGCCUACCGGGGAGCUACGAUGUCAACAUUGAACCGGCCAAAGAUGACGUUUUGUUUGAAGACCCGCAACGAAUUCUCUCUUUGGUAGAAGGUCUUUUCCGAGAUAUGUACGGCGAUAUAUCUGGGUCUACCGUGAGAAAUCAAUCAUCGAAAGGGAAAGAAAGGGCGCCUGGUAACGAUGGAUUCGAACUGCUCAUGGCACGAAAAAGCCCGGUUCCCUCAGUCUCACAAGACCCGGCGAUGGGUGACGAUCCGGAACCGUCUAUUAUACCAUCGCCAGCCUUUAGGAAACCAUCGUUGCCUAACAAUUCUCGGGGCAUCGAAUUCAGCACACAGUCAGUGGACAAGAAUUCUCAGAAUGAAUGUCGCAGAGGGAGCGGGGAUCGAGAAGCACUGAACCCAUGGUCAAUGACCAAGUUGAAUACUCCAUUCAGCACCCCUAUGAGAACCCAGGCUGGACCAAGCGCAGUUCCUCUCAUUACGAAUACCACGAGGAGAGAAUCUGUGCGAAGGCAUCGCGGUGAGAAUCAAAUGUCGCCUACGUCCUCGAGAAGUUCAGUUUUACCAAGCCCACCAGCUUCGAAUUCCAAUCCCAAUUCGGCGUCGACCUCGCCUAUCGAUGCUCGUCCUUCGCCAGUUGAACAGAAUACACAAGCAUCGCCCACAGUCUCUACACAGAGUAGCACAAGAAGAGCAAGAGGGCGUGAUAGGGAACGUUAUGGCAAUGGUGCUCUUGACACUUGGUUUUCAAGGAUCACUCAGCCGGGGCUUCGUGAGAGUGAAGACCAUCCGCACGAAAACGAAGAAGAGGAAGAAAGUUCGUUGACGCAAUUGGCACAAGCGCACUUUGGAUCACCGGAACAGUCGCCAUCUAUUACGCCAGAGACUUUUGAAGACUUCUUUACUCAGAACGGCAUUGACGAUACACAAGCCACCACUGCGUCUUCUCAGCUAUUGGAACAAGACCAGGAUCCUUUAAGAGUCCCAAGCCAUGCUGCAGAAGUUGCAAACAAACAACAGGAAUUCCCGGUUAUGGAAAAAUGGUCUGCCAGACUGCACCAACUAUCCGGACCUCAACCCAAUCCCGAACUGGAACAAGCACUUGACUUUGAACGCCGAAAGAAAGAAGCAAUUAUACAACGGCGAGAGGAAACCAGGAACCGUCUUGAGACUCCCCCUUCUACAAACUCACCGCAUCAUAGUAGAUAUCUCGCAGCUCGAGCCUCGCUAAACUCGCGCCCGAAUGAACAACAAAGUCAGCUACCUUUUAAUCCCGAAUCGUCUACUUCAAAGUCUACGCUAAGUCCUUUCGACCCGAGGGCAUACUUGAUCCGUCAAAACGCCCUUCCACAGGAGCCACCCAAGGACAGGAAAGCUCGACGAAUCCAAAUCAGCAAAUUACCGCUUGAGAAGACACCCGAUGGCCACGACCUGCAUGAUGUUUGUCUUAUUAUGCCACUUGACGUUUCGGAGUUGACGGACUCCAUUGAAGAGCAUUUAACGCAUGAUCUACAUACCCAAUGUGGAGAUGAUUUUGCCGCAUUUACAGAGUCUGGGUCGGAGGAUCCGUAUCCGUUCGAUCUCUGGAAAUAUCGGUUGUCAGAUUUGAUCAACAAGAACUAUGAGACUAAGGAGUCUGAGGUUCCUCAUCUCGAUUUCGACUUUUCCAAUAUCCGUCAUCUACCGGAGUCCGAUUAAUUGUGUAUUUACAGGGGUACUCAUUUAUAUUUUAUAUUUCGCAUCAUAUAUUGCAAAUGUUUUACUGUAUAUUUAUACAGCAGUUGGGUGUUAUUUUGCUUUUCGGCGAAGGUUUGAUGCAUUUCUAAUACGGUGUGAUGAUAUCAUAAUAUACAUGACCUGUUUCAUAGAAGUCGGGGUACCUCAAUUGAAUUUAACUUGUAACUAACUAGUUGUAGAACGAAAGUUACAUAAUACUGACAUCAACGUCAAACAAG